AUGCGCAGCCACUAUCGCGCUCUGUUGGCGCUGGCCGUCCUGUUCGUGGACAUCAACACGGCUCUAGCAUUGGCGCAGACGGAGUCUACAAAGGUGACGUCGCUGGACUCGCGACUACCCGAUCGCCUGCAUGCAACCAAAGACGACAGCGAUGUGUCCCGCCAGCGCUUCCUACGGACGAGAGACGCGAAUGCGCAGCGUAUGGAGGAGAGAGGCAAUUUCGGAGCGGCGGUGGUGGAGAAGGCUGAAUGGGCCGGCAGGAUCCUCAAGUAUACUGGAUGGCUUACAGCGGGCAAGCAUCCCGACUGGGUGAAAGAUGCUCAUCCUGAACAUUGGGUGGGAUACUAUCGAUUCUGGGCAAAGGCUCACGUGAACGACUUGUAG